GCCCCCGGCUCCUGCCGACCUCCACCACGCACACAAACACGCGGACGCGGCUUUGUUGAAGGAAGCUGCACGGCAGAAAGGAAGGAGAAGAAAGACGGUAACUGAUAAAACGAAUACUAAACAAGAGGAGAAACUGAAACAAAUCCAUGGGGUUUGAAUCGACAAUAGCUGUUCCACGGACUCCAUUCCAGCUCAAACCCUUUCCUACUCUCUCUCUCUCUCUCUCUCUCUCUCUUUCUAUCCGUCGUCAUCGAUCGCCUGCUGCUUUAACAUUCGUUCCUUGGCUCGGGGGAUUUGGUGGUGCGAGCCAGCAGCGAGCGAGCGAGCGUGCGUGCGUGCCUGCGCCGGGUGCAGCGCAUCGCAUCCUACCAGUUCCUCCAUGGACAAGGAAAGCGCGCCGCUUUAUUAGAUUUCAGACUCCCUUGCUUGCUCCCGUCCGCGUCCGCGUCCACGUCGACCGCCUCCUCCUGCUUUUGCUGCUCACCGUCGUCACCGAGUAUAUAAGCAAGCAAGCGCGCACGGCAUGCCUUGGAAAGGGAAGCCAUCGCCCAUUGCAGGUGCCCGCGUUUGACACGGAGAGGUGGCCGCGUGUUGGACUCGUAGAGAAGAAGAGGAGGACCGGGAGUCGGAUGCGUGCCUGUACGACGACGCGUGCGUGACUAGGUGAAUGGCGAGAGGGACCCGAGGAGGAGGAGGAGGAAGGUGGUAGCUGGGCGGCUGGGCGACGGCGCGCGGCAACGACCGCGCUCUUGGGUUGGGGCUCGUUCGUCCUCUGCGUCGGCUACAAGAGCAGAGCCCAGAGCAGAGCAGAGGAGAGGAGCUUCAGCGUUUGCAUGGGAGCAGGGGAGAAUUCUGCGCCAGCUUGCUAGCAUGGAACCGAGGAGCAGGAGGUUAGAGCAGUUGGUGUUCCUGCUCUGCUUCAUCGCGGCGAUCACAUGCAGGCUACACGCACAAGCCCAGGCCCAAACGACUCUGCAACGCCCCAAAAGCUCAGCUCACAAUGGAGCAGCGCGUAGGGAUUUGUCAGAGAUGGGAAACGGAUCGGAGAGCGUGCUGUCAAGGAGAACGAGGAGGGUCGAUCCUCUUGAUGGACUGAGGAAAUACGAGGGAGGCUACAACAUCACUGACAGGCACUACUGGAGUUCGGCCAUAUUUACAGGUAGAUUUGGAUAUCUGAUGUCAGGACUAUGGAUUACCGGUGGCAUCGUUUUCGCUGCUGUCCUUCUCGUCUCCAAGAUCUUCUUCCCGAGAAAGAAAGAAAGAUACACUGACCUCGACUAUUUCCUCGAGAGAUAUCAAGUUUUGACCGUGGUACUCUGUGUCCUCCUCACAGCACUCGUCAUGGUUUCUUCAGCGGCGGCGCUUCGCGGCACGGUACAGUUCCACUCAGCGGCAGAAUCCGUGAAGGAGAAGAUCGGGACGACCGCACUCGAGGCUACAGCGGCAAUCUACAACGUAACAGGUGCCAUCGAGAGGAUGCAGAACACGUCGAAGCUAUACAACUACACCAGCCAGGCUUGGGGCCAUCUCAACUCCACGGUCGAGGCGCUCGACUCCGAAGCCGUGGAGAUCGAGGCGAAGGCGGAGACGAACAUGCGCUUGGUUAGCGAGGGAAUCAGGGCUCUGGAACUUGUGACGAUUUCAUGUGUGACGCUGAAUCUUGUCGCACUACUGGUGUUGCUGGUAGGGAGGCCUCUAAGGCUGCAAAAGCUCUGUUGCUUGUGCAUGGCCUUCUGCUGGAUACUGACAGCACUGUUCUGGAUGUACUUCGGCCUGUACUACUUCUUCGACAAGUUUGCCGGCGACACGUGCGUUGCCCUGGACGAGUACCAGCUGAACCCUCAGAACAGCACGCUGGCCGCCAUCAUACCCUGCAGCAGGAAGCUCUCCGCUGACGUGAUCCUGCACGACGUCGGCGCGGGCAUCCAUGACAUCAUUGACCAGGUGAACUCAAACAUCUACACGAUAAAGUCAGAGUACCCGGUGAAGCAGCUGGACUACAUCUGCAACCCCUUCACCGGGCCGCCGCAGUACCAGUACCGGCCGGAGAACUGCCCCUCCGGCGCCGCCACCAUCGGUGACAUCCCGCAGAUCCUGAAGAGGCUGACGUGCUCGGACUUCGGCGGCGGCGCCAACUGCCGCCCGGCCGACCUCUCGUCGGCGAUCGACUACGACAAGGUGCAGUCGUACACGAGCUCCAUCCAGAACGUGCUGGACAUCUUCCCGGGCACGGAGCGCCUGGUGAGCUGUGAGCUGGUGAAGGCCGGCUUCGCGGACAUCGUGGACAACCAGUGCGCCCCGCUGCGGCGCGGCGCGCGCGGGGCGUGGGCCGCGCUCGCCGCGCUGUCCGCCUCCAUGGUGCUGCUGAUCCUGCUCGUGCUCGUGGCGACCAACGCGCGCCACCCCGGCGACGACCGCCUGUCCGUGCGCCACCUGACGUCGUCGACCAACUCGGAGAUCUCGGAGGCGGAGUUCGCCGAGAUGCACGCCAAGAAAGUGCGGGUCAGGGUCGGGCCAUGAGCUGACCGCCUGACCCCGACAAAGCUGACAUCGGAUUCUUUUUUGUUGUUCUUUAAUUUGCCAUUUGGAGAGGAGGGAGAGUUGAAGUCUUGAGGAUACAUAUACUGCCGGCGGUAGAGACCGAUCCGGGAGAGAUCGUCCACCGCCGGUACGUCAUUGCUGGCUGCUCAGAUGUUUGGUUUUGUUCUCUCAGAUGGUCUGGAGAAUCCAGCCAUUGUGUUGGUGCCUUGCUGGUAUAGGAAAAAACAAUUGGUUUCUGUAUAUGAAGAACAUCAAUCUGCAAUUGCAAAAGCAUUGAAACAUA